AUGAUUCCCGCCCGUGCCACUCAGCUUGCCCGAGGGUGUCUCGCUUCUCAGAGGCGCCUCUGCACCAGCAAGACCAUCUCCGGCCUCCGCCAAUUCUCCGCAACCGCAGCCGCCCGCCAAAGCAUCACUCUCCAAGUUACUGGUCGAGGCUCUGGCACCCAGCAGACCGUGAGCGUCAAGGACAAGCCUUAUACCUUCCCCACCGAUACUUACGCCGUCCUCGGCGGCAAGGACGAGGCUCCUUCUCCCGUCGCGUACUCCCUUGCCAGUCUGGGCUCGUGCAACCAAGUGACCGGUUUCGUCGUCGCCAAGGAUCAUGGCAUCAAGCUCGGAGAGUGGGAGGUCACCGUCCAGGGUGUCCUUCCUACGGCGGUACUGGCUACCGGCGCGCAGGGAAACCCUAACUGGGAGAGCGUCACCCUGAAAGUGAAGGUCCAGACUGAUAUCACGGGCGGAAACGAGGAUCCCAAGUUUAAGCACUUCGUCUCCGAGGUUGACCGCCGCUGUCCUAUUUCGCAGCUCUUUAAGCGAAGCGGCGUUGUUUUCAACAAAGUUUGGCAAAACUCUUCAUGGGAGGGCGUCUUGGGUUUCCCCUCGGGCUACUACGAAGACACAGACGAGGACGAGGACCAGGAUAAAGUAGAGGAUGAAAAAGAAGAGAACGAUGAGGACAGUGAUGGCGAACAACCCGAUAAUGAGGAAUGGCUUGGGUGUUCCAAAGCCUGGGCCGUGGCCGACUUCUUUAACCUUCUCCAGAAUUUGUUCCGCGACCUCAAGUUCGUACCAACCGACUCCCUCAAUGUACGGGACGUUUUCACUAUCUACCCUCCCAGCUUCGACGGAGUGUUACCCAUGAUUCAGGAAAUCCACUGCCAGCACGGAUGGCCAGAUCUCUAA